AUGUUCCUCUUCGCUCAUCUUGUCCUUGUCUGCCUGUGGGCAUGUCAGGUCCUGGGCACCCCUGUCUUGCCCGAGAGCAAGACAGAGCCCCCAGCCCUCCGCUAUGUUCCAGGCUCAGCUCAUGAGGCAUCAGCAAACAUCAGCUACGAUCCUCAAGGCGUCUUUGUCCUGGGCGUAGAUGGUGUCCUGCGGAGCUUCGCCCCCAACAUCAGCGUGGUCGAUUACCGUCAGUUGGACCCGGACCAAGUCCAAGAACUGGCCACCGGCCUGGCGCGUCAGGCUCGUUCCCUCGGCGUCGAUGUAGCCCUUGGCAUACAAUACCUCUUGGAGCACCCAGACAUCGAUGGCCGCCUUAUCACCGAUGCGAAUGCGAUACUCACGCCAGGGAACCCCCUCAAUCUCCCGCAUCCCGAUUAUUCCACUGGUGCCACUUCUCCUCCCAGGGUCUCACGAGAUCUGUCGGAGCUGCUCAAUGGUCGUCAGCCCGCUCCUUGCCCCGCAACCUGUAAUUCCCUCACGGACUGUAUCCCGGUGGGCUGUUUUGCCUGCUUCUUCCCCGGCGGCCCUGGCAGUGUGGGGAUCUGUUUCACGGGUUAA